AUGUCGACGCCGGUUCCUACUACGCCCAGGGCGUCUCGAAAUGCUCGACGCAACCAAAAGCGCACGCCUUCGUCGAAAGCCGCUACCACCGACCCCUCACAUCAUGGCAAGACACACACUCCGACAGCUCGAGAUACGAACGCUGCCAGUGACCAGGCAAACCAAGCACCCGAAAGCGCCGCAAAGUCGAAGAAAGGCCGCUCCGCAAAGAAGAACAAAGAUAAUACAAAGAACUCGCCGGCUCCAGCUCAGCAGCAAGGGAGCCAUCGCCAUCGCCACACCUCCUCGCAGCCUUCUAUCAAAUCACCCAAUUUCAGAGAUAGUGCUCACUAUGCCGGACCAACUUUCCACGCUUCCCCGGCGCCAUCUGCGCUCCCGAUACCGUCGUUCUUUUCAAAGUCAGUGCCGGAAACUGAUUACCCUACCUCGGACGACCUCCAGGAUGACUCACCUGACACCGACCCUGGAGACAGCACGCCAACGAAGGCCAAUAACCCCAUUCCAGUUCAACAAGAUGUCGGCACCUCCUCUCCCCUCGACUUUCUCUUUAAAGCUGCAAGGCAGGCAAGGAGUGCCAAUCCAUUAAGCGAGCUCGAGGAUUCAGGACCGUUUAAUGUAUCCACGCCGCCGAGAAACGCAUCGCGACUGCGGCUAAGCGAGGGUCCAGCCAGCAGCGGAGUGUUUCCUCUAGAGUUAGAAGGCUCGGAUGCACGAACCGCAGUGAUCGGACCCUCGUUCGCAACCUCUUAUAAAGAUCGGAUGAAUGCCCUGCGUGCUUCCAGCCCAGGCAGCAAACAGGGAAACGCCGCCAUUACACAAGAGAGCAAUGACACCAAGAUCAAAAGCGAAGCUCUCAAGAAUCUACUUCUCAACCCAACCGCGCAACGCGCAGCAUCAGCGUCACCCAGACUCGCUGAACCAUCGAACCACCAAGGCAAUAAUUUUAGAAUGUCGGGAGACUAUUCCAUGUACCAGCAACCCACUCACUAUGCCUCUGGUCCUACCUCCCCAGUGCCAUUCGCCCACACCGGCAAGGCUCUAGGCGCUCGCAAUGACUUUAGCCCCGACAACAGUGUUCCACAACAAUAUCUGGCAUCUCUGUGCACCCAACCCCAUCGCGCACCGUCUUCCAGCCUUCGAACGAUGGUCUCUCCGACCAGCCCAGUCACUCCGCCUCGCCAGCAAUCCGCGAGAUAUUCCCAGCUUGCUAGCGCCCCUCCUGCACAUCAUACAAACUAUCAUGGCUCAAUUUGCGGGCUAGUCUCACCAACUCCAAGCCGAACAAUGCUUCCAAUCUCCGCCACUCCCCCUCCCAGAAAUGGGCCUCCGCCUAGACAGGAUUUGACUGAAACCAAACGAAUGGAAGACGACUUGCGUCGCAUUUUGAAGCUUAAUGUCGGCGACGGCCGUAGCCCCAGCAGCAUGGAGCAGACUUAUGCCUGA